AGAACGAUGGAUUGGGGAAGGAAAGAGGAUGAGCUGGAGUGGCUGAAGUCAUUCCGUCUUCAAAGUGGCAAUGUCAAGCAUCUUAGAGUCCUUCUGUGUGGUCCUGCUGGAAGUGGAAAAUCCAGUUUCAUCAAUUCUGUUGACAGUAUUUGUCAAAACAGGAUAACCGGUCCUGCAGAUGCCAAUAACAGUCAAGGAACUGACCUAGUACUGGCCAAAACCGCCGGACAGUCUUUCACCCUCAAAUACAAAACACAUCGAAUCCAAAGAGAGAGGCCAGGACAACAUUACCCGUUUGUCUUCAACGACAUCAUGGGCUUGGAACCGACCCACGGAAUCUUAUUGAAGGACAUUAAACUGGCCAUGAAGGGACACGUGAAAGAGGAUUACACGUUCAAUCCUGUUUCAGCUUUGAAGAAAUCAGAUUCUUUCUGCAACAACAACCCCACUUCAAAUGACAAAGCUCAUGUUUUGGUCUUUGUUCUUGCUGUCGACAUCAAUGAUGUGGCAGGCCCAAGUAUGUUUCAGAAAAUGGCUGAGAUCAGACUAGCAGCCAGAGACCUUGGGAUUCCACAAAUAGCUAUUCUGACAAAAAUCGAUGAGAAAUCUUCCCCUCUCGUUAAAGAAAACCUUAGAAAUGUCUGCAGCUGCACGUACAUCAAGAAUGCGAUGGAGAAGCUCAGUAAUACCAUGGGAUUCCCACUGAACUGCAUCUUUCCCCUGAAGAACUACCAUGCAGAAAUCGAAUUGAAGGAUGAAGUGGAUAUGCUGAUUCUAACUGCACUGAGAAAGAUCCUUGAUCUUGCAAAUGACCGUGUAAAUUCUACCGGUGUUGCAGCCACUCACUUAAGCGCCAACAAUGUCAAUAUAGCCUAAUAAAUUCAAAGGGACGAUGUGCAAAAAAUGCUACUUUGGCUUGCUUUUUGUCCCACUGAUGUGAUCUGAAUGAUUAGAAUUCAAAAUGUCUAAACAUGCCAAUAAAGUUUAAACUUA